GAUGUCUGUUAAGAUAUUACUUAUCCUGAACCAAUGUAAUGAUUUGUAUAAAAUGCUUUAUAAUUUCUACUACAUAAAUAAAUACACAUUUUUAUUUGUGGUUUUUGUUAAUAGAACCAAACGAUAUAUGCAAAAUAGUUUUUUUUGGUUUGAGGAAAGUAUUAAAAUUUUUUUGUAGAAUCCGCUAAAAGAAAAAGUCUAAAAAAUCACUACAAAAGGUCAAGUAUACUUGUACAUAUAUUGAAUAGAAUCAAUAUUGACCUGUAGUUUAAAGAGGAUCACUUGCAGAGAAGAUUUUUUAUUGGCUACAGCGUGAUGUGAUAUAAAGAAUUAUGGAUUUCACAUCAAGUCAAAGAAUUUGCUUGCUUUCACACGUGUACGAAUAAAUUGAACGCUGGGUUCUCUAACCUUGAAAAAUUUAAAUUGCUAUUUUGAUAAUAAUAAUUCUUAUACAUCACUUAUUGUAAUCAAUCGUAAAAUGACAGAGAAAGUUAUUCCAUUGAAGAACAGUUACGAAUGUGAAAUGGAUGGAAGUAGUGACAAUGACAGUGGGGAUGAUUGGAAUGAAAUCAUAGAAGAUUUUGAAUGCAUACCAUGCCUUUUUUGUAAUGAAGUAACAAGUAACUUUUCUCUAGCAUUAGAACAUCUUGCAGCAUCACACAAAUUUAAUUUAAAAAAUUUUAUAACAAGACAUUCACUUGACACUUAUUCAUAUAUUAAACUCAUUAAUUUUAUCCGACAUAAAAAUGUUUUACCCGAUCAGUUGAAUGCACUGAAUAUAAAAACAUGGGAAAGCGAUGAAUAUUUAAGGCCUGUCAUUGAAGAUGAUCCUUGGUUGAUGUUUGAUAUUGAAGAUUUAGAGGAAAAAACACUAAAGCCUGUAGCAUAUACAGUAAAUUCGGAAAAUGGUUGUGUCACAUUGUCUGAAGCACAUUUUGCUGAACUACAAAGAACCAUACAAACGCUAAGGGCACAGUUAGAACAGCGUGAAUUAGCAUGUUCUUUGGCAAAACAACAAAUAGAUGAAAUGACAGAAAAAGCACGAAAAUUGGUCUUUGAUGAUGAUAUAGAUGAAAACAAUAUUACUACUUCCAGGAACUCCAAUUGUAAUGUUGAUAAAGGCUAUUUUAAUACAUAUAGUCAUUUUGCUAUACAUCAUGAAAUGUUAACGGAUAAAGUUAGGACAGAAAGUUACAGAGAUGCACUUUUAACAAAUGCAAAUCGUUUUAGUAAUUGUGUGGUGCUAGAUGUUGGAUGUGGCACUGGUAUCUUGUCUAUGUUUGCUGCAAAAACCGGUUGUCGUAAAGUAAUCAGCGUUGACCAAUCAGAUGUAAUAUAUCAUGCUAUUGAUAUAGUAAGAGAAAACAAUUUGAGUGAUGUUAUCACUUUGAAAAAAGGUCGCCUCGAAGACAUAAAUCUUGACGAAGAUAAAGUAGAUGCAAUUGUAUCCGAAUGGAUGGGAUAUUUUCUUUUGUUCGAGGGUAUGUUAGAUACAGUUAUAUACGCUAGAGACCACUAUUUGACACCUGGUGGGGUACUUCUUCCUAACAGGUGUACUCUUAGCAUUGUGGGAAGUGGAGAUACUCGGCGGUAUGUUGAACUUAUCGACUACUGGUCGAACGUGUACGGGUUUAAAAUGAGUUGUAUGAAGGCAGAAGUUGUGCGUGAACCGAGUAUAGAAAUUUGCAAUGCCGACGAACUGAUAACAAGUACCGCUGAAAUUCAGCCGUUUGACUUGUAUAAAGUAACUAAAGAUUGCGUAAACUUUUCAUCACCGUUUGAAUUAAAAGUGAAAAGACUGGAUCGUUUAACUGCGUUGGUUGGCUAUUUUGAUAUUUUCUUCGACUUAGACAAUCCAGUUCAUUUCAGCACGGGGCCUUAUUCACCCCCAACGCAUUGGAAACAAACAGUAUUUUCACUAAGCGAGCCUAUUAGCAUUACGGAAGGGGAAAUCUUACAUGGUAAACUAGUUUGUCGUAGACACGUUAAAGACAUUCGAGGACUAAUUGUUACAAUUCAUAUUCAAAAUACCAGCCAGGUUUACUAUUUAGAAUAAGCUUUUAAUAUUUGCUUUAAAGUUCACGUAAUAGACAUAAGUGCCAAAAACAAAACCAUAGGGUCCACAACAGCUUGCUGACCAUAAUAUUGUUCACGACUAUCAUUACUUAUUACGAUAGGUAAAAUACGAUUUAAAAGUUUACCGUGGAAAAUCAAUAUUUCUAUUUUUUAUCAUGUUAUUACAUUUAUGAUUUAUUACAUUUGAAAUGUUGCUAACAAAAAAAAAAAAGAGAAAUCGUAGUCUUGCAUAGAUUAUGUGCUUAAAUUUUAUUUCUGCAACGAAGGUAGAUAUACAGUCUUUAUAAAACUUUUUGUUUUUAUAUAUUAUUUUCAUAUCCUUUGUAACUAAAGAUCACAUUGAUUAUUUCUAUAAGUUAUUUCAGAUAAACACGACGCACAUUCUUUUCGUAUAGUACCAUUAUAAAUAUGCGUAUUUUACGAUAAUGAUGUUUACAAUUUGUGCCUUUGAUAGUUGUUAAAUUUACUAUUGGACGUAAAAAUAAUGUUUCCCACAAUUAGAUAGUUUUGAAAGAAGUGAUACGAUAUUCUUUUAUUUUACGGUUCUGUCAAAGUAUAUUAGAAAUUCUUCUAAAGAUGUAAAUAUAUAUUCAGUUAAAUGAG